AUGGAAACACUCUUCGAAUUCCAAGAGGACAGCCUUCAGAUCUCUGAAGAUGUUGUCCAGGUGGCUGCAGACAACACUGAGAACGGCUAUGAGAUUUUCAGAAUACUCUUUGAGCACCGUGGAAGUAAUCUUCACCUCCCUAGAGAUGUGGUUAAAACGCUUGCUCAGAGAACUGGGUGGGGAGAGUAUAGAAUGCUGCAAUUAAUCUCAAAAUAUCAAACCCAAAGCCUUCUAGUCAAUGAAGAAGUGCUUAUGAUGGCGGCAGAGAAUGAGAGCAAUGGGGGAGAAAUCAUGAAACUACUAUUUCAAGACAGCAAAGAGGAUCUUCCAGUGACUGAAAGUGUUCUUAUGGCCGCGGUGGCAAAUACACGCUGUGGAGACGAAUGCAUCGAAACAUUCUUUCGGUAUCAAGGAGAUGGCCUUCAAAUCUCUGAAAUGGUUCUUAUUGCAGCGGCGGCAAAUCUCUCAUACACUGGACGCCGGUGUCUGGAAUUAUUUUUCCAAAGUCGGGGACAGAGCCUUCAAGUUUCUGUCGAUGUUGUGAUUGUAGCUGCGAGCAACAGGCUAGCCGGGCACAGAGUCAUGGAAGUACUCUUCCAAUAUCAAGGACAGAACCUUCCAGUAUCUGAGGAUGUUGUCAGGACUGCGACAGGGAACCAUGGAGAAGAUGGAUAUAAGAUCGUGAAAUUACUCAUCCAACAGCGAGGACAGAAUCUUCCAGUCUCUGAGGGUGUCGUCAAAGCUGCCGCGGGAAAUCCUGGAAAAUUUGGAUAUAAGAUCAUGAGAUUACUCUCCCGAUACCAAGGGGAGAACCUUCCAAUGUCCGAAGACAUAGUCAAGGCAGCUGCAAAGAACACUGGAGAGCAUGGACAUGAGAUAAUGAAAACAGUCCUCAAGCAUCAAAGGCAGAGCCUAUCUUACAAGCAGUUUUGA